CAGUCGGCGGUUUGCAUUUCCGGUUUGGGGCGGCCAGCGAGAAGGGAGGCGGAGUAGUUGGUUUGGUGCGGUAGCCGCUGGGCAAAUCCUCUAUUACUCAGGAAAUAUGAUACGCUUUAUUCUGAUUCAAAACCGGGCCGGCAAGACGAGGUUAGCCAAGUGGUACAUGAACUUUGACGACGAUGAGAAACAGAAGCUAAUCGAAGAGGUUCAUGCCGUCGUGACGGUCAGAGAUGCGAAGCACACGAAUUUCGUCGAGUUCCGCAACUUCAAGAUAGUGUACCGGCGCUACGCUGGCCUCUACUUCUGCAUCUGUGUGGACGUGCACGACAACAACCUGGCCUACCUCGAGGCCAUCCACAAUUUUGUGGAAGUGCUUAACGAGUACUUCCACAACGUUUGUGAGCUGGACCUCGUCUUCAACUUCUACAAGGUGUACAGUGUCGUGGACGAGAUGUUCCUUGCUGGCGAGAUCCGAGAGACGAGCCAGACGAAAGUCCUAAAGCAGCUGCUGGUCUACAACUCACUGGAGUGAAGCGGCAGAAUCAUCAUGGGCUCUCUGGCAAAAAAAAAAAUGCUUCUUCUCCCACCUCACCACGCACUGACAUGCAUGCAGAAGGGACAGACAGGUUCAACCGAGAGGGAGCGGGCUGGCGACGUGCACGUGAUGAACAACCACAUUCCCUUCAACUGGUUCCAUGCGCAUUCUUUUGCAGGAGUGACUCUCUGGCAUGCCAAGCCUUCUGCUUCUUAAGUACACUUCUUUGUUCUGCA